AUGGAAUUAAUAAUAAAGCAAUUAGAAAUUCAUAAGUAAAUAACAGUUACUAAGUCAUAUAUAGAUAAGCCAGAUUAGCAAUACACUGUUAUUGCUCAUGAUAGCUAAAACUAAUACUCAAUUAAAGUAAUAUCAUUGCAUUAAAAUUAAGAUGAAUAAAUAUCUUAAUAAAGACUUGAUUAUGCAUAGUAAUUAGCUCAUAGUUUAAAGUCUUGCAAUCAUGAAAAUAUUGCAAAAUAUUUUGGAGAAUUUUAGAUAGAAGAAAACUAUUUUAUUUUAUUAGAAAGAUUUGAAAUGAAUUUGAUAGAUUGGUAGUUGAAGAAUAAAUUAAAAAAAUAGAUUGAUAGAAAAAUAUUCAUUUAAUUUUCAUUGUAAUUAUUGCAUGCAUUGGAACAUAUUCACUCUAAGAAUUAUGUACUUUAAGAGUUAGCUUUAAGGAAUAUUUUUUUGGAUAAAGAUUAUAAUAUUAAGUUGUGCGACUUUGGCUUUCCAUAAGAAGUUAUACCUUCUGAGAUUUCUAAACAGUUUAUGGACUAAAGAGUGGAUAAUAUCUCAUUUUAUUUACCUCCUGAAUUGUUUGAUUUUUCUAAAAAUAAAAUAGCUAAAUAGAGCAAGGUAUUGUAAGAAAAGGAAGGAGAUGUAUGGGUAGCUUGCGUUUGUUUAUAUGCUUUAGCUGAAGCAACUUUGGUAUUUAUAAAAAGACUUACGAAAGGAACAGGAUUUUAUGUAUUUUAAGAAAAGAUAGAUAAGGACAUAAAUAAAGUCUUAAUGAAUAGCUUUUGGUUGAACAAAAAUUUAAGACCUAAAAUUUCUGAUCUGAUUUUAUCUUUCGAAGAGUUAUAGAAAGUUCAAGUUUCCUAAAUAAUAGAUGAAUAUGAGUAAGAAUUUAUAGAUAAAUACAAUAAAGGCAAGGAAUUGUACAGCAACGAGUAAUUUGAAGAAUCUAUAGAAGUAUUGAAAGAAGCAAUUCAAAUAAAUCCUUCAUCUUAUUAAAGUCUUAAUCUCAUUGGAAAUAACUACUUUGAAAAUAACAAAUAUAAUGAAGCUAUUAAUUAUUUUACAUAAUCAAUAAAUGUUUUUCCUGAGAACCCAAUUGCUUACAAAUCAAUAGGCCAUAGCUAUUUAAAUCUAAAAUAAUAUGAAACCGCAAUCGAAAAUCUUAACAAAGCAGUGAUGUAUAAUCCAGAAUACUCUCAUGCUUAUAAUCUUUUAGGUGUAUGCUACCAUAAUAUAGGUGACACUUAAAAUGCAGCAGAGAGCUACAUCAAAGCUAAUAGCUUAUGUCCAUAAUAAUGCAUUCCUUUGUUUAACUUGGGAAACAUAUACCUUAAAAAAAAAGUAGAUGAAGAAUCUAAAAAUUGGUAUGAAAAAGCUAUUGAAACAAAUCCUAAUUAUAUUGAUGCCUACACAAAUUUAGGAGUUGUCAAUUGCAAUUAAAGUUAAUUUGAAUAGGCACUUAUUCAUUUUGAAAAAGCCUCUUAAAUCGAUCCUUUAUCAGCAAGCAUUAAUCAUAAUAUUUGGUUUGCUUGCAUGAAAUUGCAGAGAUAUGACUAUGCAAUAAAUUACUUCAAAAAUAGGUUAAAAAUAAAUGGAUCUUAAUAAACAAAUUAUUACUUAGCUCUAACUUUAAUUCAGCAAGAUAAUUUAAAGAAUUUACACAAAUCUAUUCAUUAUUUAAAAUAAUAAAUUAAAUUAGAGCCGCAAUUAAUUGAACCAUUCUAUUUAUUAGUGGAUUCUUUCUUCGAAUAAGAAAAGUAGUCAGAAAUAAUAAAAUAUUCCAAGAUUUCUAAGAGUCUAGAUUAAUUGCUACUUGAAAGAAUUAGAGAAACAAAAAGCGAAAUUUGA